AUGGCCAGCAGCGCCAAUGCCUACAAAACAGGUCUUAUGGGCUACGGCCAAUCAUGGUACGAUCCCCCGUGUGCCUACGCCUGUCGCGCCGUGAUCAGCAGUGCACCUCUUGACUGCCCAUCAAUGGGCCACCACACAGGUACGAGCGAACACUCACACGGGGGUUCACCACUAGCACCCUGCAUCGCAACCAACAGCGACUUUCUACGUACUCUGGCAUACUGUCUGAGCACUCGAUGCGGAGAUGUUUCGGCCUCAAAACUUGAGGCAUAUUGGGCUGGCCAAGCAACUGGGGACAAGACUGUUUCUGCGGAAUGGACGUAUGGUGCUGCGCUUGCGAAUGUGACUGCGCCGCCGAAGAGGACUUAUGUCGCGGGCGAUACGCUGAACUACACGGCGCUUAUCGCAGAUGCUGAUUAUCAGUAUCAGUAUGACUUUAAUGUCUUCUUUGAUUGGGAGGAGACUGUUCAAUCCACAUAUGUAAUAGUUUCGAUCUCAAUUGGUGUAGCAACGCCUGUCUUCUUCUCAGCUCUAGGCUAUCUCCCCUUCAUGACCCGAGCCAUAGAUACGAUCAGACCAUAUCUCGUCUACCCGUCAGCCUUUCGAGGCUACAACAUACGUCCUCUUCCCUACCCAUUUGAUAACGCGCCAACGAUCGGCCAAGGGCUUUGGAUCGCCAUGUUUAUCAUCCUCAAUAUCGUCCUCGGUGCGGUCUCGUACAAGAACUUCCCUUAUCCCCAUCCCUGGGGUUUCACCAAGUCAGCCGAGAUACUAGCAUACGUCGGCUACCGAACCGGCCAUAUCUCGUUUGCCCUGCUGCCGCUGACUGUCCUGUUCUCUUCGCGCAACAACAUUCUCCUGUGGGUCACCGACUGGCCUUUCUCGACAUUUCUGGUGCUUCACCGCUGGGUAGCUCGUCUUUGCGCCCUUCAUGCGAUCGUUCACUCCAUCACCCUCCUCGCCGCUUACAUCAGCCUUGGAACGUACUACACGGACGUACACAGGCCUUAUUGGAUCUGGGGUAUUGUUGGAACACUAUGCCUAGUACUUCUUUUAGCCCAGAGCAUUCUUUGGUUACGCCGUGCUUCAUACGAAGUCUUCCUCAUCCUACAUAUUAUCCUCGCUGUUUUUGUUAUCGUUGGUUGCUGGUACCAUGUCUACUUCUGGAAGCCAUUCUCUGGAGUUUAUGAGCUGUGGAUAUAUAUGGUAUGCGCCGUGUGGUUCUUUGAUCGUCUCUUUCGCAUCUUACGAGUCGCCAAGAACGGCGUCUGCCAGGCCAGUGUCGUCGAGCUAUCUGAUGAAAUCGUCCGCCUGGAUAUCUCUGGUGUCAGAUGGUUAUCCACCCCAGGUCACCAUGCCUACAUAUACUUCCCUACACUGCAACCCUUUCUCCCGUGGCAGAAUCAUCCUUUCUCAAUCACCAACACUGCCUUGCUACAGGGGACAUCUGCAGUAGGAUCGUCACAUUCAGGUGACGUCGAGAUGAGCCAAAAGAUCCCUCAAGUUGCCAUAGCACAAAGCUUUACAGGCACUGAUAGCAUCUCCCUCUACAUCAAGAAGCACAAUGGCACAACGAGUCUACUACAUGAUCGCACUAACCUUCCUGUGCUGCUUGAGGGGCCUUACCGCGGUAAUCUCAGUCGUGAUGUGCUGAAGUGUGACAGAGUACUCCUUAUUGGUUGUGGCAUCGGUAUAACCGGUCUUCUCUCCUGGACCCGAGCACAUAUCAACGUGAAGCUGGCAUGGAGUCUAAAAGAGUCGUCAAAGCCACUUUUACAAGAUCUCGAGCCAGCGCUAAGCGAGGUGGCAGAUAAGGUCGUGUUUGUUGCUGAACGGUUAGAUGUUAAAGCACUUCUACACCAGGAGGUUGAGGCAGGUUGGAAGAGAAUUGGGGUUGUUGUUUGUGGUCCAGCUGGCCUUUGUGAUGAUACCCGUGCAGCUGUGGUGCGACUUGGAAAGACUGCCGGGGCUGUAUUUGAGUUGGAAGUUGAUGCUUUCAGCUGGUGA